AUGCACGUUAAAGUCCCAGAUGUGAAGAAAUGUUGUUUUUGCAUUCCUUUACGGCGUGGGAUACUUUUGUUUGGGAUUGUAAAUAUUAUUAUAUCUAUCGUAGCUGUGUCGUUUCUAGUUAUCACGACAGAGCUACACAGGUCAACGGCACUGAACGACGAUUCUAUGGAGGUGACUACCUCUACUGUUCUCUUUAGUAUCUUUGGAAUGAGCAUGAUAUUAAAUAUCUUGCUACUCGUGGCUGGAUAUCAGAAAGACAUCUCAAUGUUGCGUUUGUAUAAUUAUUACGGCGUGGUCACUAUAUUCGCGGCAUUGAUCCCAACUUUCAUGCUGCUCUCUCGGAAGAUGGUUUUCAAAGUUUUGGCCGCCUUCAUAGCUAUAGCAAUGCAAAUUUACGUCAUCAUAUUAGUGAGGAGUGAAAUUGUCAAGCUAGAAAAGGCUCAAAUAAAAAUAGACGAUGAAGUACCGCCGCCGUGUCCCGAGGAGGCUUUUGUUGAUGCUGAUACAGAAACUUUAUUGUAG